GCUUUAAUAAAGCUUGAAAAUUUCGACCUCCAAGCGCAAGGCUGUCUUGCUUUUGAUCAGAUUAAUUUUAAUUUGUUCUAAUAGUUUUGGUGGAAGGUAGUUAUCGCUUGAUAUAAAUUUUCCGUCAUAUCUUCAUAAUAUCCGUACAGACUUGCACUUUAAUUAGCCAACUACCUGUUGCGGCUUCAGAAGAACGCUUUGCUGGUAUUGUUGUAUGAGCAAUUGCAAGUCCGACCAGGGAUCAGUUUUGCACUCUGCUGUCUCCGCAUGAAUAAUGAAUGGACCCAAAUGCUGGAAUUACUACUACAUGUACAUAAUAUACAGUAUGACAUCUCAUGCAACAGCUCACUCAUUUCGCACUUCAGCUUCUUUGUUUUAAUGUGACAAACGAUACAGCACGAUAGUUGUUAUGGUUGUGCCAAUUAAGAACUGAAAAAUGCCCAGAUCCCCCAAUGUCCACCAAGCAUCCGCACGAUUGUGAAUAUGUUUAUCGAUAGCUUUUCAAAGGCACACUUUAUUCUGUUAGCCGUCAACGUGGCUGAAUUGUUCACCAUAACCAAAGGUAUCCAGUGCCAUCGUUGCUGGGACGGAGAAGGCCAAGUCCCGAAAUCUACGAGAGCCCCCGUGGGCGCUCCCCCCUGCAGGGAGCCCUUCGCCCCGCCCUGCCCAAAUGCCACUACCUGUGUGCUACAAAUUGUGAGGGAGUUUGCGGAGAAGCAGAGCAUAGGCUUAAGCAAGUAUAGCACCCUCACGAAAGACUGCGCUCGCAAUAAGCGGCCAGCCCCGUUAGCGGGAGUCGCGGUGGGAAGGUUAUGUUUUGACAGCGAUGACUUUGACGUAGAAGGAGAACUGAUUAAAAAGAUUGUCACGUGUUAUUGCUGGAGCGAUCUGUGCAAUGAUCGGCAAGAAAACGAUGAGAAGGUCAAAACGCUGCUUACGCCGUCGCCGGAUAUCAUUCCCUGUACUAGGGAUUUUGAAUAUGACGAUAAUUCUGCCCAUGUUCGGGCAUGUUUCCCCGGUUUUCAGUUGUUCCUGAUACUUCAUCUUGUAACACUUAUUGCCGAUGAACUGCGGGAAUGGUAAAAGCAUCCGUUUCAUCAGUAAAUUUAGAUGUUUCCGGCGGCCUGCAUAAUGUACAAUAUUUUUAUACUUACUUUUAUGUCAAUUAGCACGGGAACAACUAUAGACGCUCUACAAUGUUCCUGGUGCUACGAAACGACCGGUGUGAAGUUAUACAGCCUUCCGACCGUCCAGGAUGCCCCACCCUGUGCAGCGGCUCAGGUGGUGGACUGUAUCGAUAAGGCCAUUAACGCCUGCUUCUCCUACCGGCGGAUCGACACUUACCCUCGCCCUGUGCGCCUCUUGGAGAAGCGCUGCGCCCGUCCUGGAGAGCGUCCCAAGGAAGCUCUGUCCCAUUCCUAUAGCUACUGUUUUAGGAACACCUAUGAUAGCACCACAGGGGUGAAGCUGAUGGAGGAGACUGAGUGUUAUUGUUAUGGGGAAAACUGCAACGAAAAAACCCUCAGCAGCACGAACGACACAAUUAGCGCCACUAACACCACGAGCACGGACACGGGACUUGGUCGGUGUGUCGCUCCCAAAGCAACGAAUUCUGGCGUUCUUGGCGAACAUGAUGGCGCCUUGGUGUGCGCGAUGUUGAUUAUUAUUGCGGGUACAGCAAACAUGCUCCGUUACAACUAACUCGUCGCGGCUCCAAGUGCUGCGCAAACCGGUUGCGGACGAACUCCACCACUUCCGCAUUGGUCAUUACAUCCCAUAUCCCGUCGCACGCCAUCACCAGAAAUUCCCAAUCAUCCGUCAGCGUCCGCACCGUAAUAUCCGCCCAUGCUACCAAUAAAACGAUUUCUCAAUCAAAAAUAAAAUCAUUGAGUAUUUUGGUAACCUGUUGAUAAAUUAGUUUUUAAGAAUUGUGACAGCAUGGGCUCUCCUAUUGUUGCGUUAAUUACU